AUGAAAAGUAGUCAGGUAGUGUUCAAUAAUAAUACUCCUGUCAAUUUUAAUACUGAUAUUAAUUCUUUAAAUAAUGUAGAUUGUCAGCAAAUACAAAUUAAUUCAGUCCCAGAAUAUUCAGAUAUAAAAUUAACUGAAACUAGGGGAGUAUCAAAAUCUACCAAAGUAAAAAAAGGUAGACUUACAAAAAAUGUGAAAAAAUGUGUAAAUAAAGAAGAAUUUAAAGAGAAGGAAGGGAAGGUAACUCAAAAAACAAUUCUCAAACUAAGAAACGAGUUAAACUAUAUCCAAUCCUCAAUUUUGAACCUUGAAAAUACAUAUAAAAACUCUAUCAAAAGCAGUAAAUAUAUGGGAAGUUUAUUUGGAAGUUUUGAACCUUUUAUUACAGGAAUCAAUAAAUUUAGUCAAGAAAGUUUAGUAGAUCAGAACAUAUAUUCAGAGAUAUCAUAUGGAGGACGAAGUAUUGGAAGAUUUUUAAAGAAUUCGUACUAUUGGUUCUUAAUACAAAAAAAAAUUAAUGCUGAAAAUCAAUCAAUUGAAGAUUCGAAAUUACAAGUACUUAAUGUAGAUCCUUUAAAUGAGGAAUCUAAACAGGAAUGUAAUAUUGGAUUUCACUUAGCAUUAGAAACAAAUAAUCAAUUAUUUCCUUUUAGUGAAAUUAAUUCUAAAUAUCUUGAGAAUUUAGAAAAUACAACUAUUUAG